AUGGGGAGAAAACUGGAUCUUUCCAAGCUCACCGACGAAGAGGUCAAGCACAUCUGGGAGGUCGUCCAGCGUGACUUUGACCUCAGGAGGAAAGAAGAGGAGAGGCUGGAGGAGCUGAAGGGCAAGAUUAAGAAAGAAAGCUCCAAGAGGGAGCUGCUUUCCGACACGGCCCAUCUGAACGAGACCCACUGUGCCCACUGCCUGCAGCCCUACCGGCUCCUCAUCAACAGCAGAAAGCAGUGCCUGGACUGCGGCCUCUUCACCUGCAAAAGCUGCAGCCGUGUCCACCCAGAGGAGCAGGGCUGGCUCUGCGACCCCUGCCACCUGGCCAGAGUCGUGAAGGUCGGCUCACUGGAGUGGUACCACGAGCACGUGAGGGCCCGCUUCAAGCGAUUCGGGAGCGCCAAAGUGAUCCGGUCCCUCUGUGGGCGGCUGCAGGGUGGAGGUAGGCCUGAGCCAAGACCUGGAGAGGGAAAUGGGGACAGCGAGCAGACAGAUGAUGAUGGAGAACCAGACGCAGAAGCCCAGGCCCAGGCCUGUGGCAACAGGAAAAAGCGACUCCUCUCCUUCUACGACUUGGACAUCGAGGUGGACUCAGACCACUCUACUGAGCCUCGAGGUCACCCCCUGCACAUGCCCUCAGUCUCAGCGGCCACGGACAGCCUGCAGUCCCUCACAGAUGAGCCCUGCUCAGAGGAGGCCACGGCCCUGGAGGAGGCUGACACCGGGGCCUCAGGGUGCCACCUGAGUCCAGAAGAGCAGCCGGACAGCCCCUCGCCUUCUGGACAGGACGCCCUCGCCGAGCUCCGCUUGCCUGGGGACUCCUGCAGGAUGGCCCUGGGGACUGCUGCUGCGCCAGGGCUGAAGGUCACCAGGAAUGAGCAGCUCUCGUCCCAGUACCUGGCCGACGUGGACACUUCUGACGAGGAAAGCGUCCAGGCUCGCAGGGCAGCCUCCCACCAGUCCAAACGGAGGGGCAGGACGUCGUCAGAGAGUCAGAUCUUUGAGCUGAGUAAGCGCGUGUCAGCUGUUGAACGCCUGCUGACCCACCUGGAGAACACAGUCAUGCCUCCCUCGGCCCAGUGUCUCAUCGCUGAAGUGCACACGGAUGCCGACGUAGAAGAGGAGACCCUGAGAAGAAAGCUGGAGGAGUUGACCAGCAACAUCAGUGACCGGGGGACCGCGUCCGAGGAAGAGGAGGGAAAGGCUGAGGAGUUGGACAGGGGCUCUUCCAGCGGGUCCCUGCCUGGGGCAGCCCCAGAGGCGUGCACGGCUGCAGGCCAAGCCUAUGGAUGGGAAAAGAGCCCUCAGGGCCCUGGGGUCCCCAUCCAGCCCAGCAGGACCACCGACGAGGAGCUGUCGGAGCUGGAGGACAGAGUGGCCAUGACGGCCUCCGAAGUUCAGCAGGCAGAGAGCGAGGUGUCGGACAUCGAGUCCAGGAUUGCAGCUUUGAGGGCCGCAGGGCUCACGGUGAGGCCCUCAGGAAAGCCCCGGAGGAAGUCAAACCUCCCGAUAUUUCUUCCUCGAAUUGUUGGGAAGCCUGGCAGGAGUCCUAAGGAUCCCAGUGCAGACACUUUGGAUGAGGUCAAGGUAAUGGCUGUGCCCUGUCUCUUAAGGAGAAAGUUCAGUUACUCCCCUAAAGGUCAAGGCAAAGAUGACAAUUCUUUCAAUCGGAAAUCAGUGCACAGUGGUUCCCUGACCCAGAGAAACCCCAGCGGGAGGAAAGGAGCGGUCAGCGUGUUCGCGAAACCUGUGAUGGCCCACCAGCCCUAGAGGGGGAGGUUCAAGGGAACAGGACGGAAGGACAAAGCUGCCCCGCACUUGUUUCCCUUCCACCACGCCAUCAUGUCCCUCCACUGGCUCCACACUUUCUGCUGCACAUGGCCACCGUCCCCAUGAGAAACAAGAAAGAGAUGCCCAUCCAUGUGGACUCCCACCUGCAAGAUGACAGAGGUUUUCAGACGUUCAGCUCUUCCCCAGGUUCACUGACGACUUCCAAGGC